AUGUCUUCUAUCGGUCCGACAGAAGAAAUAGAUGAGGUUAAGGAGCGCGCCCAUUUUCAAGCAGUGGUGAACGCUUUUAAAUAUUACAAACUAUGCAGCCUCGAGAGGAUACACAAGUCGGAGAAGAUCAUCUCAAUGUUACCUCCGAGUGAUCAGAAACGUUUGGACAAAUACCGAACAUACCUCACCAAGUUCAAGAGGUGUCUGGAUGUUAAUAAUGAUGUAGUACACCUCAUCAUCAAAGACGUUGACACAAUGUUUGAGAAUGUAGAUCAUAGUACUAACGGCAGUCACGGGACCGAGAACUUUGGGUGUAAUUAUAAUAACUGUGAGAUAACGUCUCUCAAGCAGCACAAAAUGCAGCAUGAUGUUGAGAAGGUACAGUCAGUGUUGAAGAACAUCGUCCGCGACUGGUCGGCCGCGGGGUCCGGGGAGCGCGAACAGUGUUACAAGCCCAUCCUGGACGAACUCGAGGCGAGGUACCCUCGAGAGGAACACUGCCGGUCGUCGGUGCGCGUGUUGGUGCCGGGCGCGGGUCUGGGUCGCCUCGCGUGGGAGGUGGCCGGCCGCGGGUUCUCGUGUCAGGGGAACGAGUUCUCACUCUUCAUGUUGUUCGCCAGCAACUUUAUACUCAAUAAGUGUGUUGAAGCCAACUCGUACACCGUGUACCCGUGGGUGCACCAGUACGUGAACCACCUCACGUGCGAGCACCAGACGCUGGGCGUGUCGUUCCCGGACGUGCCUCCCGCCGCCCAUCAUCAGCAACAACAACAACACUUCUCCAUCGCCGCCGGGGACUUCCUCAAGGUGUACACGGAGCCGGACGAGUGGCACUGCGUGGCGACCUGCUUCUUCAUAGACUGCGCGCCCAACGUGAUAGAGUUCAUAGAGAGGAUAUACAACAUACUGCGGCCCGGCGGACUGUGGGUCAACCUGGGGCCGCUGCUGUAUCAUUAUAGAUGA